UUUCCCUGGAAUUUGUUUCACAGCAGAGUUGCCAGAGAUCGGCCGAGCCUAUAAAGCAGCGAGAUCUCAUACGCUGGUCAUUGAUCGGAAACUCCGGAGGCGAGAUACUCUAUGCAGUCUUCAUUACUGAUCAUGGAACAUAAAUCCGGGAGCGGACGUCAUCCUGGAGUCCGGUAAAACUUGACACCCGGGGACCCGCCAUUAUGCCAACGUGGACUAAAUUUAUCGUGUUGUUUCAAAUAUGGGAGCUAUAUUUAUUUCUUGCGUCAGUAACAGGUGAUGACGGACCAGCCUAUUGGAACAAAUUUAACGACGUCUCGCGAGACGAGAUGACGGAAGAGCAGCGCCUCCUAUAUUAUUUACUGCGGACCUAUGACAAAUCUUCACGUCCCGUCAUUAAGGCAUCUACCCCCGUGAUAAUCCGGCUCGGAAUCACUCUUACUCAGAUCCUGGACGUGGAUGAGAAAAACCAGAUUCUUACCACAAACAUCUGGCUUGAUCAAGAAUGGGUGGAUGAGAAGUUAGUAUGGGACAACAUCACAGACUUUGCUCACAUUAAGAAGAUGAGAAUCCCUUGUGAUCUUGUCUGGCUUCCCGACAUCGUCCUCUACAACAGUGUCGAUAACCACAACAAGGGAUAUAUGAAGAGUCUAACGUUUGUAGAGAGUAACGGAAACGUGUUCUGGCCGCCCAUUGUCAAAUUCCGGAGCUCCUGUAAAAUGGACAUCACAUACUUCCCGUUCGAUGAUCAGGUGUGCUCUCUUAAGCUCGGUUCUUGGGCAUAUGAUGGAUUUCAGGUUGACGUUACAAAUAGAUCUCUCGACGUUGACGUCACGAGAUAUGUGGACAACGGUGAAUGGACGUUAAUAGGUACCAAAGCAGUGCGUAGAGUUGUACGGUAUCCAUGUUGUCCGGAACCAUUUCCGGAUGUGACAUUUUACGUUCACAUCAGACGUCGCGUUCUGUAUUAUGCGUUCAACGUCAUCAUACCCUGCGCAUUGCUAUCUUCGCUGACAUUGACAGGAUUUCUACUGCCUCCUGAUUCCGGGGAAAAGGUUACCCUUGGGUUGACAGUUCUGCUGGCAUUUUCUGUGUUCAUGCUGUUGAUAGCAGAAAACAUGCCAGCCACUUCCGAAUACAUUCCACUCAUAGGUAUCUAUUUGACCGUUAUAAUGGCGAUGAGUGGGAUGUCGGUAGUCUUCUCUGUCUUGGUGCUUAACAUUCACCACAAAGGCGUUCUCUCCAGAAGUCCCCCUCGAGCACUGAAAUGCUUGGCUCGAGCCUUCGCGCGACUUUUUUGUAUGAAAGUUCAGUUGGAUGAUGCAACAAGUACAGCUAAUUACCGCGCGGUCUAUUCACCGGCAAACUUCACGUGCAAGUCUCACGACAACGAGAGUUUGUUGUACAACGAUAUGCAGCGUCACACACCCAUUCACGUUGACAUUCAGGAUACGGACGCUCUUAAUGACGUCAUGAAUCAAAACAUGCCUCAGAGUGUCCCAGGAAAGUCGAAUAUUGACAUAGAAAUUCUGAAUUAUUUCAAACAGAUGAUGGUUAAUCAUGAACAAUCGCUGGUAGAAAAACAAAUUGUUCGCGAGUGGCAGGAAAUAGCUCGUGUGAUGGACAAAGCAUUCUUUUGGUUAUUUUUAUCAAUAACAGUGCUAUCGACAAUUUUUAUUUUGGUUCUUAGUCCAAUGACCAAAGAUAUUAAUUUAGAAGAGAUCCAUCAUGUAUACUAGACGGUAACAUUUACACCUGUGUAGACUUGCUUAUACUCUAUCCACACUGAUCUCGGUGUUGACCAUAUUAAUUCAUCUGACCCUUCUGUACUUCCCCUAGGACCAACCUACCAACAGAAAUCGAGGACCCAGGCAAAUCUUUGAUACUAACUUUUACGUUUUUCUUUAUAUUCAAUUUUCAUGAUGAUUUUUUUGUUUGGUACGUGUGGUUAGAUGUACGUUAUUUCCAUAGGGGUAGCAGAUAAGUUUAAUCAUGUACUUUACAUUAUUCAUUAAAACAAAGUAUUACAUUAUUGUUUCAUGUACCUGUGUGUUCCUUUAAGAAUUCUGGGAAUAUUCAGAAACCACGUGACAUUACUCAGUAACAUGUUAAAAGUGAUUCUCAAUUAAAUUUCUGGAAUCAGGAGAUGUCUGAUAAUUCUUUAACUAAAACUACAUUUAUUACACGAGUAAGAUUAGACAUCUUUAUUCAUAUUCGUCAAGUAAGAUUUAUCAGUUGAAUCAUGAGAUAUUCGCUAGGACUAGACAAAUCACCUCAUGUCGAAAUUUACAAACACAGAUGUAAAUUUAUUUUGCUCGAAAAUAACUAAGUGUCGUGAGGUUUUGACGCUCGAUUGUGGUAUUGCCAAACUCAGGAAUUCUUAUAAUCGCAAGUUGAGUAAUUUACACAUUUUAGUGAAAAAUCAGCUUUCUCUUAACGACCAACGCAAGACCCAAUGACAUGCAAUUCUUCUCAAUCCAUGAAUAUUUUCCCACACAAUUUUUUUUCAGCAUGUCACCUGUUUUGAUGUUUGCAUUUGUCUUUAGUCACUCAACACACUACUACUACCCUCUAGUGCAGCUUCUCUCUUGUCAUAUGUACUAUGCAUUUCAGGACAAAGACGCCGGGUAUUGAACUAAAACGCAAAUGACCAGUAUUUUUAUUUAAGAAAGAAAAUUGUCUUUAGUAUAACCAACUGACGUUAAUGAAAAAUGUAAUCAUUGUAAGGAAAUAUUACUGCAUGGAGAUCGUAUGGUGAUAAAUAAAGGCAGCUCUCGAACCAACGUCCAGUAAGUAAUUUUCUCCAGUAUACAACCAUAUUCAGUUGCAAAUUCUAGAACUGGUUCAGAUUGAAAUGAAACUUCCCGACAAAAGGCUUAUAAUGAAUAGAACUGUCAUGGAGUGUAGUAAUUGAAUUUCUUUGAAGCAUUGUUCAUCUUCACUUCCUCAUGUAAAGUGGUCACGAAAGCUUUGGGAAAUUAUGAAAUAUCAAAUUCUGUAAUCUUAGCCACACUAAUUGAAGGGAUGUAUGGAAAAUGCUGGCGUUUAUGGGUACGAAUGAAAGUAAUCUACAUAUACUGAAUACUUACAACCGUCAGCAAACGUUAUGCAUGCAAACUAUACACAUUGUAGCAUUAACGAAGAUACGGAUCAAACUAUAUACAUUGUAGCACUAACUAGGCUACGGAUCAAACUAGACACAUUGUAGCAUUAACGAAGCUACGAAAAAGCUAUACACAUUGUAGCAUUAACGAAGCUACGGAUCAAACCAGACACAUUGUAGCAUUACAUGUAACUAGGCUACGGAUCAAACUAGACACACUGUAGCAUUAACGAAGAUACGGAAAAAACUAUAUAUACAUAUUGUAGCAUUAAAGUAAUUCCACCCUCCUGUGAUGUCAUCAUAUUUUGCAAAAUCAAUGAUUUAUUUAGAUUUAUGCAUGAUAGGAGCAUACCUUUUGUUGGAGUCUUUUUCAAUAGUUAUUGUAAAAAAUCUUGUUAAAAAUAAAAUAUUUUAAAAGUCUAAGUUAUAGAUGAAUAAUCAAUGAUAAGUUUCAAAAUAUUGAAUCCAAGGGCAAUAACUCUGUUUUUAUUGAUUUCUCUAUCAAGUCUAUUAUGCAACAUGUUUCCUUUAUUUUAACAGACAUUUUGUAUAUUUUUGUGAGGGAACGGUUUUAUGAAAUUGUUAUGAAUGCUAUUAUAUCGUCAUAACCAGUUUUUAUCAAAUUUUGAUAACGCUGUUUAAGGAAAAUUGUAAUUUUCUGACGGUGAUAUAUGAUUCUGUUUAGGUAUGUCUUGCAUCUUAAAAAGUGUGAUGACCUAUAUAUUUUAUCUGAUAAUUUGUUAGUUUGAACUCUAAUGAAUGGAAAUAAAUACACUUUUAAAACUUG